AUGGACUAGACAUCCAAUCCAAUGGCACAAAGAGGGAGCUGGUUGUCCAGUCAGCUGAAUUUGACCACUCAGGGGUGUACAGCUGCAAGACAAGGGAUGAUGCUGUCCACUUCAAUGUGGAUGUUAAAGCCCCACCAGCAAGGUUCUCAGCUGUUCCCGAAGUUAUGCAGAGAAAAUGCAUUGAAGCAGGCUGCCCCAUUGUUCUACAGUGCGAGGUAUCAGACUCAACUGCACAAGUCUACUGGUACAAAGAUGGGGAUCAGCUCCUUGUAGAAACUGGGACAGACUUCCAAUCAGAUGGCUGGAUGAGAACACUGAGUAUUCAGUCAGCACACCUGUCUCAUGCCGGUGUGUACAGCUGCAUGACAAAGGAUGAUGUCAUCAAGUUUCAUGUGGACAUCAGAGGUGAUUUUGCCUUCUUUAUUUCUGACUUACAAAUUAAUUGUAACUUCUUGCAUUUAUGCCACUAACAGUCACUGCUUCCUAUGUUGCUCUUUUGUGUUCUUCCAAAAUGUUUCAAAGAUUUGUUCUCUUUCAAUAUUUACUGGCUUAGUUUCACAAAUUUGGUUUACCUUUUCAGACACAAUGUUCUUUUAUAUUCAGUUGUUAAAUGUUAUCUUAAUGAAAUAGGUAUUUUAAUCAGGAAAAGUUCUUGUAAUUCUUCAUGAUUCUGAUAUGAAUCAUCAUCUAUAGCUGAACCAGUGAGGUUCUCAGCUGUACCAGAAGCUGAGAAGAAUAUAAGCACUGAAGCUGGUGGCCCCUUUGAACUCCGCUGUAUGGUCUCAGACCCUGCAGUCCAGGUCUGCUGGUUCCACAAUGAUAUACAGCAGCAGCCAGGGAAUGGUUUGGAUAUUCAGUCUGAGGGAGCUAUAAGAACACUGGUAGUCAAGUCAGCUGAGCCCAGUCAUUCCGGAUUAUACCGCUGUGAAACCUCUGAUGAUUCUGUCCAGUUCACUGUGGAUAUCAAAGACCCACCAGUGAUGUUCUCAGACUUACCAGAGACUGUGAAGAAGCAGGUGGUUGAAGCAGACUACUCCACUGAUUUACACGGUGAGCUCUCAGACCCAAAUGCCAAGGUGUGUUGUUACAAGGAUGGUGUAGAGCUCGUCUCAAAAAGUCAGCCUCAAAUCAAAAUGGAGUGUACCAGGAGGACAGUAGCUGUCAAGACAGCACAGCCCUCUAACUCUGGAUGGUACGACUGUGUGAGAACAGGUGAUGUCAUCCCGUUUAAUGUUCAAGACCAAGGUGAUUUUCAAAUAUUUGCUUCUAAUCUACUUAAAUGUUUUUGUGUGGCAACUAACAAUGUUGUGCUCUGUGUAGCUUUUUUGAAUUCUCUUUAAAUGUAUUCUGACAAUGUUACUAGUACAUGUCCUUGGCUUCAAUAGCCAU